AUGCGUCGUUAUAAUUGUUUUUAUGUUUCCUUGGUACAAUUGGUUACUGAUAAAGGAGUUAGCACUGCAGUCGGCAAUGGUGAUGCAGCUGUGACUGUGGGUGAAUUUGGCGUUAAGGAAACAUAUAGAGCUCUUGAAUUAUUAAAUUUACCUGAAGAUGAACCAGCUUAUUUGCUUGAUAUUGGAUGCGGAUCAGGUUUAAGUGGUGAAAUUUUAGAUGAAGAAGGUCAUAUGUGGGUAGGAAUGGAUAUUUCCCCUGCUAUGUUACCAGAGAUUGCAUUAGAUCGUGAGGUUGAAGGUGAUUUGUUCUUACAAGAUGUUGGUCACGGAAUGGGAUUUCGUCCUGGUACAUUUGACGAUCAUAGUUCACACAAUCCUAAAUCUCGUCUCACACGAUUUUUCUCAACUCUUUAUUCGUCACUACGCCGGGGUGCUAAAGCAGUAUUUCAAUUUUAUCCAGAAAAUGAUGAUCAAUGUGAAUUAUUAAUGAAUACAGCAAUGAGAUGUGGCUUUGAAGGUGGUCUGGUAAUUGAUUAUCCCAACAGUAAAAAAGCGAAAAAGUAUUUUCUUUGUUUAUUUGCCGGACAAAUUCCUACAGAAGAUGGUAAACCAAAAAUGCCAAAGGCUUUGGGAGAAGAUGGAGAGGAUGAACCAAAUGUUGUAGCUUAUUCGAGUCAGAGAACUCAAGAGCGUCAAAAAACGAAAGGGAAACAACGCAAAUCGAUUAAAGAAAAGGAUUGGGUUUUGCAUAAAAAAGAAAUUGCGCGUAUGAGAGGAAAAAAAAAUAUACCGUUGGAUUCAAAAUACACAGCACGAAAAAGGAAACCAAAAUUUUAG